AUCGCUGUGCGGAGUUUUAACUCCUGCUAUCACGAUUGUCGUAAUUUGAGUUUUGAGAAUUUCUUUUGAAGGACUCGAUGUAGAAUAAGAUAGAGAGAAAUGUCCCUGUCUCUUAGCAGUGCCUGAGAGUAUUUUUCAGGGAAUAUGGAUACGAGUACAUUAUAUCGUUUCUGACUGACCAAGGGGAGUAACUCUCGCCGGCUGUCAUGCUCGUUUUAGUUUUAUGUGAUAUAUGUGAUGACGAGAUCUCUUUGAGUUUGAGAGCUAGGAGGCCGAUUUGCUAAACCAGUCAUGAAGGCCAUCAUCCAGAGAGUAAUGAAAGCAAGCGUGACAGUUGGUGAUGAAGUGGUUGGAUCCAUAGGAAGAGGCCUUUGUGUGCUGGUCGGAAUCUCGAGAUACGACACCCAGAAGGAGAUGGAAUACAUAGUUCGAAAGGUUCUGAACUUGCGUCUGUUUGAUGAUGACAGUGGAAAGCGCUGGGCCAAGAAUGUAAUGGACAAACAGUUUGAGGUGCUUUGUGUAAGCCAGUUCACCCUGUGUGUGACCCUGAAGGGGAACAAGCCGGACUUCCACGAGGCAAUGGGCCCCGACCUGUCCCAGCAGAUGUACCAAGAGUUCCUCAGGCAGCUGGGAGCUGCAUAUUCCCCCAACAAGAUACAAGAUGGUAAAUUUGGUGCCUACAUGCAGGUGAAUCUACAGAAUGAUGGCCCGGUGACCAUACCACUGGAGUGUGUUCCAGCAGGACCAAACGAUGUGAAGAAAGCUGACAAGCAAGCAUCGAAGCAGUCACCCAGCAAGGUCAACUCUGAUGAAGCUGCCGACUCCUCCCCAUGUGAAUCUCAGAGUUCCACAGCAGCAUCCGGACUCACGUGAUCUCCUCACUGUACUAGUUGUCUUGUUUGUACAUAAACAUUUUAUACAUG